CAACCCGUGCCCGUAACGGGUUUAACCCGCGGGUUCACGGGUUAGCCCGCCCGUUUCAGAAAUAAGUUAAGACAGUUGAAGUUGUCUAUGUGAGCACUCUCCCCUGUUAAGAGUCAACUAAAUACCAUUAUUCCUCCUAAAUCCUUUUAUUCUCGUCAACUCUUCUGUAUUAGUUUAUAUUUUCUUCUUCUUUUUCUUGAAUUAACAAUAUUGAGUUGAUUGAAAUUGUAUCCUUGAAGCAGUCCACAUAAAAGUGAGUGGAGAGGAUGACAUGCUAUAUUUUAGUCCUUUAUAUCAUCAUAGAAUUGAGACGGUGGUAGGGUAAGAAAUGUUAAUACCCAAGUUGCUGAUGAAAGUCUUGAGAGAUUAUACAUCAGAAUGAAUUGUUUUGCUUGCUCUUCUCGAUUAACUACAGACAUGGAGAUUAAUGAAGACGACCGUUCAGAAUGUAGGUCUCCAGUUUCUAGUGCAAAUUCAAGUGGUGAUGGUGCAAGGAGAACUAGUACACGCGGUCGAUCUGUUUCAAAGGCUGGACCUUCUGCUCCAGCAGCCAAUGCUGCCGCCACAACUUUUACAUAUCAAGAGCUUGCGUAUGCAACUGAGAAUUUUAAACCAGAACUCCUGUUAGGUGAAGGUGAAAACGGGCGUAUUUAUAAAGGUUGCUUGCAGAACACUAGGCAGGUAGUUGCGGUGAAACAGCUUAAUAGGGAAAAUGGAGAAUAGUCUUCACGGGUUUACGGGUUGUACCCGCGGGUUAACGGGACGGGACGGGUUAACCCGUUUACUCACAAGCCGACAUUUCUCCAACCCGAACCCGGCUUGUUUUGAAACAAGCCGAGCCGGGUUCGGGUUUCCACGGGCCGGGCACGGGUUAAUCCGCGGGUUUUGGCUUGUUUGCCAGCUCUAGACUAGGUGCAGCACAUUAUAAUUAUGUCUAAUGAUUCUCAUAGUAUAUAUAAUUAAGAAUAAUGGAUUAGUUGGAAUCAUGAUUAAUGGAGUCAAGAUCCGUCUGUAUUUUUAUUUAUUUUUAAAAAUAUAAAAGAAUAAUAGUCAAGCAAUCAUCUCCAUACUCCGGUGUUUUGCUACUUUGAAGUCGUGGCAUACCUUUCCAAUGGUAACCGAUGAGUAUUUGGGUAUCAUAUAACCUCAUGUAAUAUUCCCUUUUUAGUGUAAUAUAAUUCAUGCUUCAAAAGGAAAAAGAAAAAAGAAUCUCCAUACUCCAAUAUUGAGUUCAA